AUGCCCAUGCGCGACGCCCGCAGACCUAAACAGGGCAUCAGCGCAGCCUUCUCAGAACCCACCUCCGCCCUCCGCAGCCCCGAGGACUCCCUAACCCUCUGGCAGUGGAUGUCCGUCUCCUGGGUCGCCCCGCUCCUCUCCCUCGGCGCCCAGCGACAACUCCACGAGCACGACGUCUGGUCCUUACCCUACGACUUUCAGCACGGCCGCCUGCACGUCGCAUUCCGCGACCUCCGCGGCUCCGUCCUCUCGCGACUCCUCCAAGCCAACGGCCUCGACCUCAUCGUCGUCAGCCUCCUCGGCCUCCUCGAGACCUUGGCCGUGCUCGCCGAGCCCGUGCUCCUCAAGCAGCUCCUCGCCGCGCUCGCCGGCGGGCCCGAGACCCAGCGCCUCGCCUUCCUCUACGCCGGCUUGUCGCUCGUCGUCAAGCUCCUCAACGCCCAGUCGAGCAUCUUUAGCAUGUGGUACGGUCGUCGCGCCUACGAACGGUGCAGGGGCGAGAUGAUCACCAUGAUUUACGAAAAGACCCUGCGCCGCAAGGCCUUUACCUUUCCGAGCAGCGUCGACGACCCCGCGCCGCCGGGCCCACCCUCUUCGGGAGCGACAACGCUCGCCGAAAACAGCGCCGACGAAGCUACAGAUUCCGAACGCGAGGACGCCGAGAGCAGGCCAAGGUCUUGGACUGCGUGGCUGGCUUGCUGCCUGCGCAAGAGGAAACCCGCCCAUGCCCCGCCAAACAAGCCUUCCGACGCCCAGCCCAGCGGCCCCGCGUCUACAGGUAAAAUCCUUAACCUCAUGCGCAACGACGUCUACGAAGUCGCCCAACGCUUCUGGGAAUUCGCUUCCCUCUUCACCAAGCCCCUCACCUUUGCCCUUUCCAUCAUCCUCAUCUGGCAAAUCCUCGGUCCCGCCUCCCUCCUCGGCGUCGCCGUCCUACUCGCCGGCCAGGGCAUCAACGUCUUCGUCCUGCGCGCCUUCGUCGACGUCCAGCGGGUCCGCCGCGGCCUCACGGACACCAAACUCCAGGUCACCAGCCAGUUCGUCGAGGCCAUCCGCCACCUCCGGUGGUACGCCUGGCAAAACGCGUGGAUCUCCCGCAUCUUCCAGAGCCGGCAGGCCGAGCUGUCCAAGAUGGUCCUCGGCUGGCUCCUCAUGCGGCUCUACAGCUUCGUCAACAACCUCACCAGCUACCUUUUCCCCCUCCUCGGCUUCAUGGCCUACACCUUGGUGACCCACAAGCGGCUCACCGUUGACGUCGCGUUCCCCGCCCUCACCUUGUUCAACACCCUGCAGGACAACAUGCGCCAGCUGCCCGAACUCGUCACCGCGCUUCUCAACGCCAAGAUCGCCAUGGACCGCAUCAACGAUUUCAUGGACGAGCCCGACAAGGACGACGUCGACGAGGUCGCUGCCGUCCGCGGUCCCCUCGGGGAGCUACACCUCGAGCUCCAGGACGCGACCUUUGCUGGCCCGGCACCGACCGGCCGAUCCUCCGCAACGUCACGCUCGCCUGCGCACCAGGGCUACACCUAG